UUGGGUCAUAUGACCCGGCAGGACACAUCAAAGCACCUGCACACUGAUGGGGGGCUGGUAUAUGUGUGUGUGAACAUGUUUGAACACGACCCCUUAUCAGCAUUUUGCUCUGUCAGACGUCUGCGAUGUUUGCGAGCCCUUGUCUGUUAUCUGUGUGCAUGCGUGUGUGUGCGUGUGUGUGUGUGUAGAUGGUGGGGGAUCAGGGGUGAAAGUGCACGAGAGGGGGAGGCUGAAUGAGGCUGAAUGAAAAGCAUUCCCACACUGGCAAGAUGGCUUCAGACACCUCUCGCUUUCCUUUUAUCUCUCUGGGGCAAAGAUACCGGGAACCAAUUUUGGUUCCAAGUUCCGUGAACUUACAAUGCCGGGAAAUUCACCACGGAACUUUUGAAACACCAAAAUGUUUGACCAGACCAUGUCAUUAGGAAAAUGCUAGCAUAUAAUGUGAAACAACAUAGACAGGCGAAUGGGAAUUAGCAUCAAUGUUGAUGUAACUAACUGCUACUUAGCGCACAGAGAACAGCAACGCAUAAACUCUUUUUCUGCUCCUACUAAAAGUAAACAAUAGCGUUACAGUCGAGGCUCACGUGACCGCCAACUGUAAGUCAUAAAAGCAAAUAUUCGCGGGGCACGUAGCAAUAAUGCGAGCUAUUAAUAACGUUUCUUUGGCCGGCCGCGGUCAGCCGGAGCUCGGUCGUCGCUCCGCGUGACCGAUCGGCUCCCACCGAGCGGGCGCCUGGGCCGGCCGGGGAGUGACCGAGUGAGGCCUUCACCGUGGUGACGAAUGAGUGAAUCAACGAAGCCCCCCUCCAGAACCUUUGUGGUUUUCACUCAAGAAGACAGAAUUAGGGACAGCUAAAACCAGGGCGUUGAUGGAGAAGCUCAGGGAAGAGUUUGAGCAGAUCGUAGGCGAGCUCGAGUGGCAGGAUGUUGCCGACACGCUGCAGGAGUUGUGCUCCAACAUCAUGUGUGACCCCACCAACUCUCUUCCUACUCCUUCUACUCAUCCUCCCAACCAGCACCCGCCCUCGAACGCCCCUGCGUCUCACGCCUACGCCGGGAUUUCGUUCGACGGCCACCCGCAGCUGGCCCGCUUGCCGCAGCGGUUGCCGUUCGUCCCGCACGCCCAGUUAGUGCCGCUUCCCAGUAUGAGGUACGGGCCGCAGUUCAACCCGUACCUCGUGCACCCCAUUCACCUCAGCCGCCAGGCGGGGGCUCCUUUCCGUCUCCAGUACUUGCCGUGCCAGAUGCCACAGCAACAGGUCGUCCACAGCCAGCCGUCUUUUAGCUUCCCAACUGCUCCACAGCAGCCGAAAAAAAGUCUGCCGGUGGUGCCGCUGCCCGAAGGCACCACGCUGCACGCUGUCGGGAUGUUGAACGGGGAAGUGUUGUACGCGGCAGUGGACACCUCUCAGGCCACGCCUCCUCCUCUUCCUCCCGCCACAUCCACCUGCUCCUCUGGCCGUAAAAGAAAGUGCAAGCGGCGACGCAAGUCAGCUGGCGUCAAGAAGCCGCCGAACGCCUUUAUGUGCUUCCUGAGGGAACGGCGCCCGGAGUUUAAGAGCCAGCACAAGGACAGCGUGGCUGUCAACAAGCUGCUAGCUCAGCUGUGGACGUCAAUGAGCAAGGAGCAGCAGGCUAAAUACUACGAGCAGGCCUACAUGGAGAAGAUGGUGCACGAGCAAAUGUCCUCCGACGGCUCCAGCAGCAGCAACGGCAACAACGCCAGCAACAACAACACCGGCCCCAAGAAGAAGAGGCGGCGAAGCAACGCCUCAGCCGCCAGACAUGCAAUUUCCGCAGCGCCGCGUCACAACGCCGACGGCUGGAACACCGCCGACGAUGCGCCCGCCUCCACCUACUCGUCCUCCUUUGCCUCCUCGUCCUCGUCUCUCUCCUCGUGGCUGGAAGCCGUCAUCACCGCCGAGGGCGUCGACUCCCCCGACGAGCCGUGUACCUCCGCAUUGUGCGCUGGCGCGUCUUGCGCCGCCGCGCCGUGUUCCGCCGCGUCCGAUGCCAACAAGUGUCCCGACUCGGGCGAAGAGUCCGACAUCGAGGGCAUGGAUGCUCGGCUGCUACACCUGCUCGGAUGCUGUUAGGCACAAACACACAGUCAGCGCUUUUACUUUUGUGUAAUGUAUUGUAUGUAAAUAGUGUAUAAAAAUGUUAAUGAUUUUUUUUACUCUUUCUCACUCAUUUCAUUAAAAGACAAUUUGCACUUA